CAUCUCAUUCACCAACCAUAUAAAUUCAUGGAAUCCAAGCUCAAAACACCAACAACAAUGGCGAAUCCACCUUCAAUCUUACGAUUCUACCCUACUGAAGAAGAACUGGUUUCCUUCUAUCUCUUCAACAAGCUCCAAGGCCAACGAACUCACGACCUCCAUCGCGUCAUCCCCGUCGUCCCUGUCUACGAUCACAGUCCUUGCCACCUUCCAAAGUUAGCCGGGGAAUUGUGUCGCCGGGACACCGAACAGUGGUUCUUUUUUGUGCCGAGGCAAGAAAGGGAAGCACAAGGUGGAAGGCCGAGCCGGACCACCGCUUCURGAUACUGGAAGGCCACGGGUUCACCGGCGUACGUCUACUCGUCCGAUAACAAAGUCAUUGGAGUGAAGAAAACAAUGGUGUUCUACGAAGGGAAGUCGCGUACGGUGAAAAGAACCGAAUGGAAGAUGAACGAGUAUCGAGCUAUCAAAAAAGACGUAGACAAUACCAACACUUCCUCUGUUCCAAAGUUAAGACAUGAGUUGAGUCUAUGCAGAGUGUAUGUGGUAUCGGGAUGCACACGGGCAUUCGAUAGACGGCCACUAGGGCUAGAACCGACACCGAUGGUCACCUCCAAAGCUAGCCAGGGUGCACCGUCUUCGCAAAAUGCCGUACAGACGUACAAGACCGCAAGCCCUUCCAACUGCUCAAGCCCUGGAAGCUCGAACCGGAUGGUUGAUACGGUGGGAAACGUAGGACUUGUACCUGAAUGGGAAUGGCAACAUUUAACGGGAUGAAUUCCAGUGAUACGUCGAUGAAUUAACAUACAUCAGAAGUGAUUUUUGGAUCUUCUAAAAAACAAAUUCGUUUAUGUCCGUCAAAUCUCAUCAACUUUAAUAAAACAGAUGUUAAUUUAUGAUCAUUUUCUGGAGCAAAAAGUGAUCAAAUUACUGUGGUUUUAGGUGUAAAUGAUUUAGAAA